CCCUGGUCUACAUUAUCAAUUCUAACCUCUCAAUCUAUCUCGACCAUUCAUGACAGUUAACACGGUUAUCUGUUUUACUUUUUGGCUGCCUCAUUGAAGUACACCUCUUCGUUUCCAUUUCGUUGGAUAAGGGGUGGAGAGAGCGACUUUUGACUCAAGGCUUCUACACCUUUAUAUAAACACACACUUGUCGGGAACCAUGGAACGUCGAACUCGGCGGUGGGGGAACUUCCGGUUCUGCAACGCAGCAUAUGUUUGUUGCGUAAGAUAUAAAACAUUAAGACCGUUAUGAAUGCUGAAGGGUCCUGCGAGCCAUCAUUUCAGUAGCCAUUUUAACAGGUAGUUGUAGCACUGUUGUUGUUUUUCCUAGUAUAUCCAUGAGAUCCAAAAAAACUACUGCACAAAACGUAACCAAACAUCUGGCCUGAACUCUCAAGUCCUCUCUGGAGUGGAAACACUACAACUACCCAAAGUCAGCCCCACAUGACUCUGCCUGGGUGGAAGAGUAGAGUACAAAUGUUUCUACAACAGUGCAAAUGGACAAAUCAGCCUGAGUGGUGUUUUUUGUGUUUUGAAGCAGAAGCUUACACUGAAAAAUGACAUACUUUCUGGUAUGCGAAGGCCACCGUAGUUCCCUCAACUUGAGGCAAGGAUGGAGGGUCUCUCUGUCUCUCUCAGGCCUCACCACAUAAUGACAGACCUUCUGUAUAUUAAAGGACCCUGCCCAUGCGUCCUCUCCCGGGCCACCUCCCUCUCCAUGGGCCUUUAUAAGCCUCUCGUACAUUGGCGGUGCCACUAAUUUCUAUCGAGGGACCAUACACUUGUGUCUACGGGACCUGUCGGUUUGCAAAGUCGUCAACUUUUCCUCAGCAGGAAGACACCUGAUCAAAAAUAGCCAUGGACAACCAUUCGUACAACUUCCCCUCCGACUGCACCCCACUCACUAACUGCAAAUCUGCCCGUAAACCGGGUGGAUCCACCGUGGUGAACAUGGGCAACGCUGGCAAGAAUCCUCCACGGGACUAUCUGGUGUGGUCACUGUGCAACACACUGUAUGUUAACUUCUGCUGCCUGGGAUUCAUGGCUCUUAUCUACUCCAUCAAGGCCAGGGACCAGAAGACUCAGGGUAACCUGCAGCUGGCCCAGGAGUGUUCCGACAAGGCGAAGUGGUAUAACAUCCUGGCAGCCGGGUGGAACAUGCUGAUUCCACUGCUGGUCGUCGUUCUUCUCGUCCUCCUGCUCGUCCACUUGGGCUCAUCCCAGGGCUCUUUCGACUUCCUCGGCGAGGACGGCUUUCAAAACUUCAUGAAACUUUUCAGCUGGUAGAAAAAUAACCCCCCCACCCCACCGCACAUCUAGUCUCAAAGUUAACCCAUUCACACUCACCGUCGGGGAAGGGCAUUUGAUGAGAUUCAGCAGAUAAGGUGUGACCAUGCUAGAUCUGAGUCUGAGUGCUCCUUUCCUGUUUGAAAUUCAGAGCCUGUCCUGAUUUGCUCAGCAUUAAAAUGAUCCUUAUCGGUAAAAGGAAACUAAACUUGAAUUGUCUAUGGUCCAAAAACGACCAAUAAUCACGGUCUUAUUAGAUAUCAAAGGCUCAAAGAAACAGGGGAUUUAACCUGUAUGUGAGUUUUCCCAAAAAUUUAAAAAAAAUGACCUCAAAUGAAUAGUGUAACUUAACGUUUUAUGGGAGGAAAAAACAAUUAACAGCUUUAUACUUUAUUAUUAUUAUUAUUAUUAUUAUUAUUCAUAAUUUGUAUAGUGAGGGGGGAAAAAGCAAAAACAUCAGUAUCACUGCAUCAUCCCACAUUAUCGUGUCAGUAUUAAAAGCUUUCACCUGUCGGUCUGGACAGUUGAGGUGUGAGGUGAAAGUUGGUGAAAGAACGAAGAUAAAAGAAAGGGAGUAAAGAAAGGAAGACUGGGAGCUGAGGCUAAGACAGCGACGAUGCAGUUACUUUGGUCAAAUGCCUUGUUAUUUAUUGUAUUUAUGAUCACCGGAGAUUUUGAUGACAGCUGGAAUUUCCUCGAGUCCACAGAGAUAGAGGAAAGAAGAGAGGACCGCGCAGCAAAAGUCUGAAUACCGCAACGAUCAGAAGCCACUUUAUAAAAGGACAAUCAACAUUCACCUCUCAUUGAUAGUCCUUCACUUUUUUUUUUCUUUCAUCAACUUUUAAAAUUUAUAUUACUGUUACAACAUUAGUUACAUCUAUUUUAUGUUGUUAUUUGUGUAUUUUUAUCAGUAUUGUUGUUGUUUUAGUGUAGAUUCUACAUCAUAUUCAUGUCUACAUUGUGAGUGAGCUAAAUAAACCAGAUACUGUGAACGCAGUACUGAAAAACUA